AAAAUCGUUCAGUAUCGAUCAGGACAGCGGGUGCAGUUGUCAGAUACAUAGGAGACAGGGUUUUUGUUCCUUCGGAGGUACACGGGUUCCGAGUAAAUUUUUUUCUCUCCAGAAAAUAAGUAAUGCUGUCGUGACGGCUACGCAAUUGAAUUGUGCUGCUAGAAAGACAGCAGUUGCGCGUCUCUUUCUACAUUCUUUCAAGAAACGGCAGCAUUUUGCACUCGGCAACUCCUUUAGCCAUUUUUGUACUUCCAUACUAAACAAACGUGCCUCCUGUGAUCCGCAAUGGCGGAGACGAAUGGGGCCGCAAAUUUGAAUACGAAAAAUGGGAAUUUCAUCUGUGGCGUCGUCGAAGGUUUUUAUGGACGGCCUUGGACCACCGAACAAAGGAAGGAUUUGUUUCAAAAAUUAAAAAAAUGGGGAAUGGAUUCGUAUUUAUAUGCACCGAAAGAUGAUUAUAAGCAUCGUGCGUAUUGGAGAGAUUUGUACACAGUAGAAGAAGCAGAACAUUUAACUGGAUUGAUAACAGCUGCUAGGGACUGUGGUAUUACAUUCUAUUAUGCGUUAUCUCCUGGCUUAGAUAUUACUUACUCAAGUUCAAAAGAAGUUACCAUAUUAAAAAGGAAACUGGAACAAGUUAGCCAAUUUGGUUGCACCGCAUUUGCAUUAUUGUUUGAUGAUAUUGAACCAGAAAUGAGCGAAGCUGAUAAAGAAGUAUUUCAAUCUUUUGCUCAUGCACAAGUUUCUGUAACAAAUGAUAUCUUUCAACACCUUGGUCAACCACGAUUCCUUUUAUGCCCGACGCAAUAUUGUGCAACUCGGGCAAUGCCAAAUGUAGCAUCUUCAGAAUAUCUUAAUACACUCGGAAGUAAAUUAGCUCAAGAAAUUGAUAUAAUGUGGACUGGUCCCAAAGUAAUAUCAAGACUUUUGACUGUUGAAUCCAUUGAAGAGAUUACGGAGGUUCUAAGGAGGCCACCAGUUAUAUGGGAUAAUUUACAUGCUAAUGAUUAUGAUCAAAAAAGAGUAUUUUUAGGCCCAUAUUCUGGUCGAUCUCCUGACUUGAUUCCCAAAUUGAGAGGAGUUUUAACAAAUCCCAACUGUGAAUAUGGAGCAAAUUUUAUAGCAAUUCACACUUUAGCUCAGUGGAGCAGAUGUAAUAUUGAUGGAAAAAGAGAUUUAAGUUUGAAUGAUACUGUAUCUGCUGACAUAAAACUGGAAACUGAAACAGAAGAUGGAGUGCUUGGUGAAGAUAUACCUUUAACGAUGUCUCCAAACAUAUAUCAUCCGCGGCACGCUUUAAAAAAUGCCAUCAACGAUUGGUUACUGGAAUUCAGCAAAAAGCGGAAUGUAUGGGGCGUUAUAGCGAAACCACAACCAUGUGUGGCACCAACGGUACCAAUUCCGAUAAUUCCUUCUGUGAAUACAUGCAUGAGUCUUACGGCGACAACGACGACUACUGUUCCUGCGACUCCUGCACCAGUAACUAAUUCUAAUCACCUACAAGCAUUGGCUGAAGUUUGCUCAACUGUAACCACUGCUGACAAUUAUGUACAGCCUCCUUCUGGUCCUGUCAUGAAUUCUUUGGUAUCCGAUACGACUGUUGUUAGCGAACCCAUUAUUCCAUCAAUUUCAUCUACCGAGGAGAACGUGGCAAGUUCCAAUGCUUUAUCGUCUAUGGAACCUAUGGAUUGUAACACGACUCCCAACAACUCUCCAGCCCAUGCAGUGAAAAUUCAAACAGAAGAUGACGCUAUGGUAGAGAAUAAUUCUACAUGUAGCGACGCAUCUGGUAGCAUGCAAGUGGAAGUAGAUGGUACUUCCCCUGCAAUAAAUGGUACUCAAAUGAUCGUUGAAAACGACAGUGAAAAUCACGAUAGUGGCGAUAAUGGUGAUCAAGAAUCGCCCGAUGUUGAUAAGCGGUUGACGCAAGAAGACUUAUCUUUGUUAUGUGAUCUUUUUUAUUUACCGUUCGAACAUGGCGGUCAAGGUAUUCAACUAUUGCAAGAGUUUAACUGGUUAAAAAGCAACGCCCAUGUUGUUAUGAGGAAAGCGAAAGAGGAUGAAACUACGUCUCAAUCGGACAUUGAGGAAUGGCAUGCGCGAGCGGCUAAGUUAAACGAAAUGUGUAACGCUGUAAAUAGACUAUUUCAGCGACUUACAUAUUGUAACAAUCGUGAGUUGUUAUAUGAUCUGUAUUCAUAUGUAUGGGACAUGAGAGGAGUCGUGUCUCUCUUAAACAGUUAUGUGAAAUGGUUGGCGUUUGGCAGAUUCCCGUCGACGAUGACAACGUUUACCCAGGGAAGCUACACAUGGUUCUCGAAUGGUUGGAAAGAAACUUUUAUGAGUGGAGAACAAGAGCCGUGGGUAUUCCGUGGAGGUCUUACAGCUGAUCUACAGAGGUUAAUUCCAGUGGACAGUGGUAAUGAUUUAUUUGUUUACAAAGCACCAGAAGUGCCCACCAGUAAAAUCUAUACGAUUAGGCCUUACUUAACAAGCGAUGAACAUGCAGUGUACACUGUUUGUAAUAAAAUUUGUGGCUGUAUGGGGUCAUCUGCAGUAGCAGAUAGGUUAGUUGGAGGUUUUCUAACGUUGAGUCCAGAACUGUGUAUGGUUGUUGAAGAUGAGAGUGGUGUAGUAGGUUACGCAUUAGCUGCCUUAAAUAUCAAAUCUUAUAAUCAGAAAUUAGCGGUUUCUUGGAUACCCGAGUUGCGGAUGAAAUAUCCGCUAGAUGACAAUAUAAAUGAUCUACCACAGAAUGUUCAGGAUGCCAUACGAUAUUUCCAUUCAUUCGUUCCGGAUGUGUCUGAACAAUUGUGCAGGCAACAUCCAUCAAAGCUUUUCUGUGCAGUGUUGCCAAGUGUUACAGACCAGUCGGUCCCUAAAAGAUUAAUUACUUGUAUUCUUGCGGCUUUAAGAGCAAAUGGUUCCUUCGGUGUACAUACUACGAUGCCAAGUAUUGAUAAAGAGUCCCACGAGUUUUAUAGUAAAUUAGGUUUUGUCGAUUUGAAUCCAGCGCACGAGGAGUAUCCUGGUAUCAAAACUAUGUGCAGAAGUUUCUAACAAAGAGUGAGUACGCCAGUGAUAUUUGUGAACAAAGUGUAUUUACUCGGACCAUCUUCGAAGAAGGCUUCUGUGGCCUAAGAAUCAAGUUCAAAUGGCAUAGGAGUACGAUUAUUUCUUAAAAAAGAAAGAUCAGAAAGCUUUCCGUCCAUUGUACAUUCUCGUACAAUGGACUCAAGGUAGAUUCUCGACCUUUCAGUGGGAAGGAGAGAAAAAAUGUAUAGGCAGACUUUACAUUAUACUAUCUUUAAGACUAACUUCCGUUCUGAGAAGCUGACCUAUAAGAUAUCUGCCUUCUUAUAUCAUAUAGUAUCACCCAAAUGUGUUUAACGAUAUAUGCGUGCAUACAGUGUAUAUACGGUACGAGUUAAGUUACAGUGAUAUCUACAUCGUUAAGCGGAGAGAGUGUGAAAAAAUAAUGUACAAUGUGCAAUAGUAAGGUUUAACAGUGCUAAAACAAAAACGAAACAGAGAAAAAAAGAAUCUGUUAAUUUUAUGAAUAUUUAUGUUUGUGUGUUCAACGCUAUGGGAUUUUAGUAUAUCCGGUAUGCUUGUAUCUUAAAUAGGAAGUUUUCUUAACAUGAAAAUGUAUGUACAUAAACACGUUGAAUGAUGUACGAGGAAAAAAUACCAGUAUGUGUGUUCAAUUAAUUAUUGAAGCUUUUUAAACCACUGAAUGAUAUUUUCUUAUCGAAACACGUGCGAACAAUGAAAAAUCUGUUCGUCCAAAAUGUUUUCUGAAUUUAUGGAAAGGAAAAACAAACGAGCAAGUUAUAGUUUUAACUCCAGGUUCGCUUUUUAUGAUAAUUACCUAUUCCAUAGGUACUUUACUGCCCAGUAGCAAAAUUUUCACUUUGAAUAUGUAUAUAACUGAUAUUUAAUACGCCUAUUAUAAGGCCUUUUUAUGUUUAAUGUAUCGUCCCCAACUAAUAUUGUUCUUAACACAAAUAUCGGUAUUAUUAACAAUGCUUAAUUGGCUCUUCCGUCGUAUGUACGAUCACGUGCAAAGUAGGUUUCCCUUAUUUAAAAGGAAGACAUAUGUAAUAUGUACUUUAAAUUUUAUAUCUUUUUUUAUAUUCAGUUUGAAUGUUCGACAGCUGUUAAUGUGUUAACCAAGAGAAGCCUACGAUACACCCAAAUAGAAGCGUGUAUGUAAUGCAGUGAAAUGUAAUAUGCUUAUGGAGCAUUUGCUUAUUUCGUUAACAUUAUUACGUACUAUUCAACAGAGAUAAAUAUUUCUAAUGAUUUGUUGCGAUGACAGGCAUUAAAUUGCGUUUUAUACGAUUGUUUAUUUUUAUCAAGCGUGUCAGCGUGCAAAAUUAUGUUCUGAAAGGACAGAUUGUAAGAAAAGAAAUGUGUAACAUGUAGCAACAAUUAGGUCGUUACUAUCGUUAGUUGUUCGUACCGUCUUUUGCACGUCGAUGUAUCAAAUGUACAGAGCUGAGAUAGAAAGUAAAUAAUGAUAAGAUAAAAACGUACACAUACAUACACCUGAACAUACACGCAUAUACGAAAGGAAAGAAAAUAAAUAUGAAGAUCUUAGA